ACAUUAGGCCCUCCCAUACGAGCUUCCAUUAAUGCCAACAGCUACCCCCCACCGACGGAUGGAUAGAGACUGCAGACGCCAUGAAUAACCGAUUACGCAAACGACAUUGUGAGUACAGAUAGCUGGAAGACCUGCAGCGGGCGUGAGGGCGAGUAAAGAUCGAAGAAAUCAAGAAAUCAUAAUCUAUUUUCAUGGCAGCAGUUGAGGGACUAGAGCAGAGCCUGGGGGAGCUGAGACAGACCUUCAGAAGUGGUAGAACGCGAAGCGCCGCCUGGAGGAAAUCGCAGCUGCAGGCGAUUCUCGACCUCCUCCACCACCACGAAGACCAGAUCUUUGACGCGCUCCGUCAAGAUCUCGGAAAGCCCUCUACCGAAGCCUACCGCGACGAAGUCGGAGUAGUGGAAAAAACUGCGAAAUAUUGUUUGAGCAGGGUAGACAAAUGGAUGUCUCCCAAAAGGGCUUCCAUACCAUUGAUUUUUGCCCCAGCAAGAGGAGAAGUGGUGGCUGAGCCACUUGGCUUGGUUCUCAUAUUUGUAUCAUGGAACUUCCCAAUCUCGCUGGCAUUGGACCCAUUGAUUGGCGCAGUAUCUGCAGGAAACACAGUGGUUCUAAAGCCUUCCGAGCUAGCACCAGCAUGUUCUUCUUUUCUUGCGAAGACUAUCCCUUUUUACUUGGACAAAACAGCUAUUAAAGUAAUUGAAGGUGGAGCAGACGUUGGCAAUCAACUACUGCAGCAGAAAUGGGACAAAAUAUUCUUUACUGGGAGUCCACAAGUGGGUCGCAUUGUCAUGUCUGCAGCUGCAAAGAAUUUAACACCUGUUACUGUAGAGCUCGGUGGAAAAUGUCCUGUUAUUAUGGAUUCCCUUUCUAAUCCCUCUGAAUUAAAGGUGGCUUCCAAAAGAAUAGCUGGGGGAAAGUGGGGCGGAUGCAGUGGACAAGCAUGCAUUGGAAUAGACUACGUGCUUGUAGAAGAAAAGUGGGCAUCUGUUUUGAUUGAACUGUUGAAGAAGGCAAUUAAGAAAUGUUUUGGCGAAAACCUGAAAGACAUAAAGGAUAUCUCCAGAAUUAUCAAUAAGCAGCACUUUGACAGAUUGUGCGGUCUCCUUCAAGACCCUGAUGUUGCAGCAUCCAUUGUUUAUGGGGGUUCAACAGAUGAAGAGAGAUUGAUAAUCGAACCAACAAUCUUGUUAGAUCCUCCGCUGGAUGCUGAGAUCAUGACAGAAGAAAUCUUUGGCCCAUUGCUCCCAAUCAUUACGUUGAACAAUAUUCAAGAAAGUAUCGAGUUCAUAAACUCAAGGUCAAAGCCUCUUGCCAUUUAUGCCUUCACUAAAGAUGAAGCAUUCAAGAGGCAAAUUUUGUCAGAAACAUCCUCAGGCUCUGUGACUUUCAAUGAUGUCAUCAUUCAGUACCUAUGUGACAGCCUGCCGUUUGGAGGUGUUGGUCAGAGUGGUUUUGGGAGAUACCAUGGGAAGUACUCAUUCGAUAAUUUCAGCCACGAAAAAGCGGUUCUGAGAGGGUCUUUCUUACUAGAAAUCGAACCCAGGUAUCCGCCUUGGAACAAUUUCAAGAAUCAAUUUAUAAGAUUGGCUUAUAGAUAUGACUACUUUGGUCUACUGCUGCUUAUGUUGGGAUUGAAGAGAUGGUGGUGAAAUCAAGCUAUGUGUUGAAACUGAACUGAUGAACGUAAUAAGAGCACAAGGAAGGGAAUUGUCGUCUGUAGGAAUUAUGUAUCGAUGUACUUUUUUUUUCAGCGUUGAGAGUGGAACAACAAUAGCUAUAAUGGUUAACCUGUCAUCUGUAAGUCUCUCUAUUGUUUUUUGUGACUUUUGAAGGGCAAUUUCAGCAAGCCGAUGCUCUCCCUGUCUUCCCUGCUUGAUGAAUGUAGGCUAAUAGAUAUAUGUUGUUGUGUCCCC